UUGUCUCUCCAUUCCCAUGUGUAUUGGGACACCCUUGAUCUUAGUUUUUGAUAUUUCAACUGUCUCCGUCAUUUUCAAAUAUUAUAUUUAAUCUUUUACUUUUUAGCUUAUAUUUGGAAUAACAUAUGGAGAAGACAACACAGUCUGGCACUGGCUUCAGGAUCUUAGAGAGAAAGGGAUUCGAAUGAUGGGAGUUAGUAAUGUUGUUAACUUCCUUCCUUGGUUCAGGUUCUUCCCUUAUAACGUGAGGAACAUAAGAUGGAUUAAGAAGGGUCAGGUUGAGACCCACGUGGAGUAUGAGAGGGUGAUCAGGGAGAGGGAGGUCAGAUUGGAGGAGGGAAUGGAACCAGAGUGCAUCACAGACUUCUACUUGCAAGAGGUGCAGGAAAGAAAUAAAGCCGGACUGAACCUAAAAUCCUUCACCAGAAACCAACUUUACCAUUUACAGGCUGAUAUGUUUGGUGCUGGCACAGAUACAACUGUAACUUCAAUCUUAUGGAAUCUGCUGAUCUUGUCCAGUAAAGGACGAAAUGAUUUGCAGAAAAGAAUUCACGAGGAGCUAGAUAAGGGACGUCAAGAUCAAACUCAGGUUUCCCUUCUUAGAGCAGCUACCCUAGAGGUGGCAAGACUGCGUCCUGUCACUCCUUUAGGGGUUCCUCAUGGUGCCCUUGCAAGCCUUCAGGUUGGAGACUGGAGAGUAAAGAAAGGAACCAUGCUUCUUCCAAACCAUUGGUCGAUUAACAGAGAUCCAAGUGUCUGGAAGAACCCCGAAAAGUUUGACGAGAAAAGAUUCUUGGACCCAACUGUGUCUUUCAAAAUAUUCCCUUUUCAGACAGGAAAACGACGGUGCAUUGGCGCAGACCCGGCACGUGAUAUUGUAGAAGGAGUUCUUUCCCACAUACUCAAGGUCUACCAUGUCGAGCUUGAGCCUGAUGUUGAUCCUUGGCAUGAUCCUCGUCAUGGGUUCACCCUGGAACCUCAGAAAUUUCGUGUCAAGUUUACGAAGAGAGUCCCAACCUUGAAGAAUCAACUUUAAUCUUUUAACUUCAAUCCAAUGCGACAAAUAAAGAGGAGGGGGGGGGGGGACCACGCCUCCCAACCUCUAAGA